AUGCAGAAGCAGUCGGCGUGGGCCCACGGGCCGUCCGACCUGCCCGAGGCCGUUGACAGAGACGAUAUGCUGCCCGAGGUCGUCCACCCGGAACACUACCCGCAUUCCGCCUACGAGCAAGACAAGCAUCUCGCGCCGGGGUACUCUCCGUAUGGUUAUCAGGCACCGGUGGCUCCUGCGGUGGUCAACGGAGGGUCGCCGCGUCGGGGUUGGACACGGCGCACAUGGAUCAUACUGGCCGUGAUCAUCGGUUUGGUGGUCGUCGGCAUCGGCCUCGGCGUCGGUCUCGGCAUUGGUCUCAAAUCGAGUAGCGAGGACCCGGCACCGUCUGCUUCCCCCAGCGAAACCCCCGACGGCAAUGGCUCCAAUGGCGGAUCGAGCGCCGCCGACAGCGCCGCCGCGGGUAAUUUGUUUAAGGGGUCAUCGCUGGCCGCCACAAAUUAUACCGACACCAACGGCUUCAUCCAUCUCUACGUGUUCUUCCAGGCGGCGAACAAGGAGCUGCUCACGUCGCAAUGGGACUCGCAGAACAAGACAUGGUCGACCAUGUCGAUCUCCAAGAUCCUAUCAAGCACCGGCCUCACCCUAAACCUGAUCCCCGCCUCGCCCAUCGCCGCCUACACCUACACCAACCCCACCUUCCAGACGCGCAUCUACUUCCUCACCACGGGCAACUCCAUCCGCGAGAUCAUCUCCUCCGAGGACCCCACCCUGGCGACCAACUGGCGGCAAGGGCAGCUGGGCAGCAACAAGCUGAUCACGGCGGCGGAGGGCUCCAAGCUCGCCGCGCUGCGGCCGCACUGCGGGACGAGCCGCAACUGCCAGAUCAACUACCCGUGGAUGGCGAUCGCGUACCAGGGCGAGGGCGGCGUGAUCGCCGUCUCGCGCGCCGACGACUGGAAGCCCAUGGACCUGCCCUUCGGCCCGGCCGAGCCCGGCGCCGCUAUCGGCUUCUCCAGCGUCAUGCGCAGGAACAACAUCACCGAUGUGGAGUGGAGCUUGCCCCUCCACCGGCUUCGCGCCCUCCCCCAGCGGCCCCAACAUCGCGUCCCAUUCUCGUACGAUCUCGUCAACAUGAUGAUCAUCAACGUGGACCCGGACGGGGACCUCGAGGUGCGGACGUGGGACACCAAGGCGUGGAGCGGGCUGGACCCGCCCAACCUGCUCGCGGCCGAGGGGGCGCCCGACGAGCCCAAGUUCGCGGCCGUCGCGGGCACGUCGCAGCGCCGCGUGUUCGGCGUGGUGAAUGGCACGGUGCACCAGUGGGAGUUCUUUGCGCUCAGUCCGCGCCAGUGGGGGUAUUUGGGGACGGUCCCGACGGAGAUGAAGCCGUGA